CUCACUCUUUCAGGAAAAUCCAAGGUGUAUCAAGGUGUUCGAGUAAAGAUCACUGUGAAAGAGUUAUUACAGCAGAGGAGAGCACGACAAGCAGCAACUGAUGCCACUGUUUCCCGAGGCAGCAGUAGUGUCCAGUUUCCAGAAUCUGUUUCUUCUCCCUGCACAGCACCUUAUUUUGAUGCAGAACCUCUCUCUUCUGCCCCCAACUAUUUCCAGCCACGGCAGUUUCCAAAUUGCAUUUCCUGUGAAGAAAACCCAAGUUAUUUGGAGCAACUUGUUGAUACCUAUCUUCAGACAGAGCCGCCCAUGGACCCAUCCCUGAGUGCUCUACAGACGUCUACCUACUAUAACCCAGACACCUUCCAGUCAACCCCUCUCUGUUUUAACCAGAGCCUGGUUCCUGGAUCUCCUGCCUCGUCUGACCUGUCCAGCCCAUUAGACUAUAGCUACUCCCCACCUCAGCUGCCUCCUUUUCCUCCACUGAACUACAGCCCUCUUUCUCCUCUAGACACCACGAACUACGGCUAUCCUCUAGAGGAGUGCUCACAUCCUCAGUACAGCUGCUCCCCCUCGGCCUGUUACUGCUCAUCCUGUGCCUCAGAGCACUUGGAUACGUUCAGAGUAUCAGAGUAUUUCCCCUACCCAAGUGCAGACUGUAUGGACUGUCCUGGCACCGUGACAAUGGCAGAUGACUUCUUUAGAAGGGAUAGAAACUACGACAUCUGCUACAGUUAAUGGAGAUGAUGGUUUUAUAUAUAUGUACCUACGUACAGGUAUCCAAAUCAGCUAACUGCCUAUGAACUAUGCAAAACAUCAUUGUCUAACACAAAGUUCAGUUUACUCUACACUACUUAGCCUGGUAUGCUCCAGGUGUUAAUUUAGUCCUCCUGGGUAACAAUAUUUUAAGACUCACCGCAUUGCUACCGUUGUCCUUCUGUCUUGUGUUUCAUAAAAAAAAAAAAACUAGCUUUCAGUGAAUGCUUCACUAAACAAGUUUUUGUUAUUACAAAUAAAUAAUUUUAUACAGA